UAAAUUUGGUCACACCGCGCUCCAAGAUUCCCUGGAAUGUCCUCAAGUUUCAAGCUGCUCAGAGAGCGAGGCAGGCCCGCCCCCGCUGGGGGAUUGGCCUCCCCUUUCAGGGCCGGGCAGUGGCUCGGUCCGAUUGGCCGCCGGGAGGACCAGCCUGGCCCACUAGCCCCACGCCCCGGGAGGCCUCGCUCCCAGUCCACAGCCCAGCACCUGCGGCGCGCAGGGCCCGGGAGCCCGUCCUCAGCAGCCCAGGGUUUGCUGCCAAGCCCACUGUGCUGUGUCCACCCCGGCCUGACCCUCCACCUGCCUCCGCCUGCCAGGACUGCCGCCGCCGCUUUGCCAAGAUGUCCAAGGUAGCCAAGUACCGCCGGCAGGUGAGCGAGGACCCUGACAUAGACAGCCUGCUGUCCACCCUGUCCCCCGAGGAGAUGGAGGAGCUGGAGAGGGAGCUGGACGUGGCCGACCCCGACGGCAGCGUCCCCGUGGGGCUGCGGCAGCGGAGCCAGACGGAGAAGCCGUCCACGGGCGCCUACGACCGGGAGGCCAUGCUCAGCUUCUGCGAAAAGGAGACCAAGAAACUUCUGCAGAGGGAGCUGUCCCUGGACGAAAGCAAGCGAGUGGAGACCAAGACAGACGCCAGGGACGGAGGGGAAAAGGCCAGCGACGCCAGCAGAAAGGCCCUGGGCCCCCGGCGGGACUCAGACCUGGGGAGGGAGCCCAGGCGGGGGGCCCUGAAGAAAAGCUUCUCGAGAGACCAAGAGGACACUGAGGGCACAGGCGCCCAGCAGCCCAGGGAGGAGAGGCUGCUCCGGGGCAUCGACAGGGGCCGGGUCAGGGCCGCCGUGGACAAGACCGAGGCCAGCGGGGUCGGGCAGGGGGACAGCAAGGCAGCCCCCAAGAAGGAGGACAAGCCGAGAGGCAGGGACAAGGACAAGAAGAGAGAGGAAGGGAAGGGAAAGGGAGGGGUCGAUCGCGCCGAGGCUGCCAGGCAGGAGGGCCAGGAGCUGAGACCGGAGAGCAGGGGCGCAGACACAGGAAAGGAUGGUGACAAAGUCAAAGAGGGGGCACCCCCCUGCCCAAGGGGGCCCACGGAGGACAGGGAGCCCAAGACCACGAAAGAGAGAGAGCCCAAGGCCACUGAGGAGCAAGGCCCCUGCGGCCCCGCCAGGCCCCCCGAGGGGCCGGCCCCUGCGGAGGAGGAGGCCGCACCCAGCAUUUUUGACGAGCCCCUGGAGAGAGUGCGGAACGACGACCCCAGCAUGACCGAGGUGAACCUCAACAACUCCGACUGCAUCACCAACGAGAUCCUGGUGCGCUUCGCCGAGGCCCUGGAGUUCAACACGGCGGUGCGGGCCUUCGCCCUGGCCAACACGCGUGCCGACGACCACGUGGCCUUCGCCAUCGCCAUAAUGCUCAAGGGCAACAGGACCAUCACCAGCCUCAACCUGGACUCCAACCACAUCACGGGCAAGGGCAUCCUGGCCAUCUUCCGGGCCCUGCUGCAGAACAGCACGCUGACCGAGCUGCGCUUCCACAACCAGCGGCACAUCUGCGGCGGCAAGACCGAGAUGGAGAUCGCCAGGCUGCUCAAGGAGAACACCACGCUGCUCAAGCUGGGCUACCACUUCGAGCUGGCGGGGCCCCGCAUGACCGUCACCAACCUGCUCAGCCGCAACAUGGACAGGCAGCGCCAGAAGCGCCUGCAGGAGCGGCAGGCGCAGGAGGCGGCCGCGGAGAAGAAGGGGCUGCUGGAGGUGCCGAAGGGCGGGCUGCCGGCCGGGGGCUCCCCUGGGCCCUCGCCCCAGCCGUCUCCGAAGGCCUCUCCCAAGAACUCGCCCAAGAGAGGGGGGGCCCCGGCCGCCCCGCCCCCACCGCCACCUCCCCUGGCCCCGCCCCUCAUGGUGGAGACCCUGAGGAACUCCCUGUCACCAGCCACCCAGAGGAAGAUGGGAGACAAGGUCCUCCCUGCCCAGGAGAAGAACUCCCGCGACCAGCUGCUGGCUGCCAUCCGCUCCAGCAACCUGAAGCAGCUCAAGAAGUUAAGUGGCUGGGGGCUGCCGAGGGGGAGGGGACCCCGGAGGGCACAGGCAGAGGGAGCCAGUCAGGCCUCAGGCAUCAUGCAGAUGCCCAGGGUGGAGGUGCCCAAGCUGCUGCAGUAG